CUAUCCUUCUCAGUAAUCAUCACGACAAACUUCAAAGAUGCGAUUGCUAACGCACAAUCUGUUGGCAUGUCAUUCGCGGCAUUGUACACAAACAUCGAACAAUUUCCCACUGAAAUUCAAAGAUGUCAAAUUGGAAUUGUUAGAGACUGAUUUUAAUGAAGCAUUCAUUCGUGGAUUUUUACCGAAAUUGGAUUGGAAUGCUUUGGUUCUUACAGCGAGGGAAUUGGGAGAUACUUCUUUACCCGAACAAGGACCGGAUAUGGAAGACCCGAUGUUGGAUCAGCAGAUCUUGCGGAAUUUGCAUCACGUACUAUUAGAGGUGAGUAUGGCUUGAAAGGAAGGAAGAUGGUAUGGUUUUUUGGGCUAAGAAGCGGGAAUGGCAGCUCAGGCUUCUAUAGCACAGAGAAAGACAGAUCAGACAUAAAGCACUCUCAAUGCUUGUGUUUGACAAGUCAUAUUAUGUCACCCCCAGUCUGCAAGGCACUCUUAUCAUUAUCGCAUAAAUCUAAUCUUAAACACUGCCUCACUUUUUAGGUCCACAUAACAGAGGGUUCUAUGAUCUGUCCAAAUUGCUCACAUAAUUAUCCGAUUCGCAAUGGAAUACCGAAUAUGGUGAGUGUGGAGAAAUAAACAAAGGUGUCACACUACAGUGCACCUUUUUGUUUGAUAUGCUGAUCUAACCUUUUUCUCUCCUUUGUUCCCGAUCUUCUUAGCUCUUGGCCGAACAUGAGAUCGCACGGUAAAAAGUUGACAUUUUUCAUUUUCACACUUUGUAUAUUACACAAUCACUUAAAAGCAC